AUGUCAGUAAACAGCAGUGUGGAUAAUGAUAUUAGAAAGUCUGACUUAAGUGCUAAAAAGAAAAACUCAAUCAAGAAGAAAGUUGCAAGCUUUAGCAAUGAAUCAGAUGACGCUGCACUAGUGCCACUGCUCCAAACACCUAAAGCCGAAACCAAUGUUCCAAGUGCCAAAAAUAUAUUAUCAAAACUAAAGACUGAGUCGAUAAGCGAAAAAGAUUUGAAAAAUAAAGAUGUCGAAAAAGCUGUUACAUCUACUUCAUCGAAACAAAAUGCUCCAGUAAAUACUAUGGAAUGGAAAAAAUCUGACGCAACCGUAGUUUGCAAUACAACCGUCAUUCAAAAUCAUAUGAAUACUAAUGUUUUUGGAAAUAUGAUAUCAGCUUCUGAGUCGAGCACUCCGAAAACAUCAAUUCUCAUUGAGAUUAGUGAAAAGAAAUCCACUUAUGGCGCAACUCCUCUAAUUUUCACCACAGCAAAGAUACACACAGAUAAUAAAACAAAAACUAUGGAACCCUUACAAGUGAACCCGCUACCUAUAUCUUCUACAAUUGAAGGCAACUUAGUAAAAUCUGAACUGUCAUUCAAUAAUAGCAAUACAUCUGUGUUACCACCAAAAUUAGAAAAACCAAUAACUACUACCUGUACGACGAUGAUGACAAAUAAAGAUACAAAUCAAACAAGUAAAGCUCCCGAACCCACAAAAAGUGCUAGUAAUCAAGUCUCAAUUAAAUCGUCUUUAAAUAAGACUCCAGAUAUAUUUAAAUCAACGACUGCCAAUUUAACUAAAACGAUUUCAAAAGUAUCAUCAAGUUCUAUGGUUCAGCAGAACCUAUCGAGUAAUGCGAAAGCCAAAACACCUGACGAUCAUAAAGCAGUCCCCAAGAGUGAUACUGUAAAGAUAAAAGAUACAGCCAAUACACAAAGCAUAAAAACCACUAUCGAAAGUACAAAUUCGAAACUCGACACUAGUACAGGUAGUGCUAAAAAAUUGCAACGUCAAAAACGCGCCUCCAUCGAAGAUAUUAAUAACACAGGCAAUAUACAACUACAGAAUGAAGGCGGUAAUACAACCACGAAAGAGGUUGAUAGUAAGUUGAAAAAACCUAUUAUUACUUCUAGCGUAGAAGUAAAAUCCAAUGGUGUAACGCAAUCGGAAGCUAAAAAAAGCGCAUUGCCUACUGUACAGACAAAAUCUGUAAAAACUAUACCACUAAAUACGGACUUAGAAGCAAUAUCCACAGCUACGCCCAAACAAACAACAACGACGAAAACUAUCACGACUGGAAUUAAAGAGAGGGAAGCAACAAAACCACAAUUAGGUACACCCAGUAACCCAACUAAUAAAUUGGCAAUAAAGAAACCUAUCGCAUCACCGAACAAUUCAAAAGUUACUAAAGAAUCUCAGAAUAAACCAACGCCUACAGCCACUGUUGCUAAAACUGAUAGUAAACUGAAAACAACCUCCAUUCCAAGCCAAGUGAAAUCUCCGAGUGGAGAAACUUCAGUGAAGAGUAAAAAGCCAGGCACCUCUACAGGGAUUGACCCUCCUUUAGCUCAAAUAAAACCACUUCCAGUGUCUACACCUGUCACUUCCACUUCUUUUAGCACUCCUUUAUACAUUGUUGCAACAUCGAAAACUAAGAUCGGUGUUACUCCUACAUCUAACACUACAACAAAUUCGAAAUCUGUUUGUACGAGUUCUAGUAAUCGAGUUACACCAUCAGUUAGUGUCAGUACGGCAAGCAAAAGCGCCAAUUCAAAAACAGUUGAUGCAAAAAUUAAACCAUCGCCAUCAAAAACUUAA